AUGACUGACUCCAUCCUGCCUGGAUCCCAUAUGACUGACUCAGCCAUCCUGACUGGAUCCCAUAUGACUGACUCAGCCAUCCUGACUGGAUCCCAUAUGACUGACUCAACCAUCCUGACUGGAUCCCAUAUGACUGACUCAACCAUCCUGACUGGAUCCCAUAUGACUGACUCAGCCAUCCUGACUGUAUCCCAUAUGACUGACUCAACCAUCCUGACUGGAUCCCAUAUGACUGACUCAACCAUCCUGACUGGAUCCCAUAUGACUGAGUCAACCAUCCUGACUGGAUCCCAUAUGACUUACUCAACAAUCCUGACUGGAUCCCAUAUGACUGACUCAACCAUCCUGACUGGAUCCCAUAUGACUGACUCAGCCAUCCUGACUGGAUCCCAUAUGACUGACUCCAUCCUGCCUGGAUCCCAUAUGACUGACUCAACCAUCCUGACUGAAUCCCAUAUGACUGACUCCAUCCUGCCUGGAUCCCAUAUGACUGACUCAACCAUCCUGACUGGAUCCCAAAUGACCGACUCAACCAUCCUGACUGGAUCCCAUAUGACUGAGUCAACCAUCCUGACUGGAUCCCAUAUGACUGACUCAAAAAUCCUGACUGGAUCCCAUAUGACUGACUCAGACAUCCUGACUGGAUCCCAUAUGACUGACUCAGCCAUCCUGACGGGAUCCCAUAUGACUGCCUCAGCCAUCCUGACUGGAUCCCAUAUGACUGACUCAACCAUCCUGACUGGAUCCCAUAUGACUGACUCAACCAUCCUGACUGGAUCCCAUAUGACUGACUCAGCCAUCCUGACUGUAUCCCAUAUGACUGACUCAACCAUCCUGACUGGAUCCCAUAUGACUGACUCAACCAUCCUGACUGGAUCCCAUAUGACUGAGUCAACCAUCCUGACUGGAUCCCAUAUGACUUACUCAACAAUCCUGACUGGAUCCCAUAUGACUGACUCAACCAUCCUGACUGGAUCCCAUAUGACUGACUCAGCCAUCCUGACUGGAUCCCAUAUGACUGACUCAGCCAUCCUGACUGGAUCCCAUAUGACUGACUCAGCCAUCCUGACUGGAUCCCAUAUGACUGACUCAACCAUCCUGACUGGAUCCCAUAUGACUGACUCAGCCAUCCUGACUGGAUCCCAUAUGACUGACUCAAUCAUCCUGACUGGAUCCCAUAUGACUGAUUCCAUCCUGACUGGAUCCCAUAUGACUGACUCAGCCAUCCUGACUGGAUCCCAUAUGACUGACUCCGCCAUUCUGACUCAAUCCCAUAUGACUGACUCAACCAUCCUGACUGGAUCCCAUAUGACUGACUCAGCCAUCCUGACUGGAUCCCAUAUGACUGACUCAGCCAUCCUGACUGGAUCCCAUAUGACUGACUCAGCCAUCCUGACUGGAUCCCAUAUGACUGACUCAACCAUCCUGACUGGAUCCCAUAUGACUGACUCAGCCAUCCUGACUGGAUCCCAUAUGACUGACUCAGCCAUCCUGACUGGAUCCCAUAUGACUGACUCAGCCAUCCUGACUGGAUCCCAUAUGACUGACUCAGCCAUCUUGACUGGAUCCCAUAUGACUGACUCCAUCCUGCCUGCUUGUCUGCCCUGA